AUGACUGGGUGUGGGGGUGGAUGGGAUCAUGGUGAGAGUGCAGCAGGUACAGUGGAGAAUGAUGGGAAGUCGAGUUUCUUCUGUCAGCUGUGUGAUAAACAGUACCUGAGACACCAGGAGUAUGACAACCAUAUCAACUCCUAUGACCACGCACACAGACAGAGACUAAAGGAGUUGAAGCAGAGGGAGUUUGCUCGGAACGUUUCGUCUAAGUCGUGGAAGGACGACCGCAAGCAGGAGAGAGCUCUGAGACACCUGCACCAACUAGCACUGCUACGACAACAGACACACAGGGUACCAGGCCAGGUUGUUAGGGUCCGAGGGACAGUGAGAGCUGAGAUCCAGCAUUCAGAGAGACACUGUGGAGAGAAAGACAACAGACCAGGGGACCGCCAUGUUCCCUUGACCCAAACAGGGUUAAUCCAAACCACAGGGAACUCCCAGCGACCCGCUGUUACCCUACCUCUAACCCAGCCCCAGACCAUCCCUCUCAGCCUCCAGGGAGAGGACUCCCCCCAUCUCCAGACCAAGCCUCUCUCCAACUCCCAGCCCCAGCAGCCAGAGAACCCUACCCACAUACCCAUCUUCCCUGGAGGGCCCUUCCAAGCCUCCCCACCCCCAGCCUUGCAUUCCAGAUGUAGACCUUCUCUGGAGGAUCCCCAGCAUCGCCUGAACAGAUCUUCCCAGGACCCUGCCUUUCCGUGGGGCAGAGACAGAGGAAGGGUGGGGGUCUCCUUCUGUUUCUCCAGGAGGGGCCCAAGGCUAGAGCCAUCUGCCUCUGUCUUCUCAGACCAGCAAGAGGAGGAGGGGAGAGGAGGAAGAGGGCAGACGAAGAAGGGAAGGGGAGGAGAUGAGCUACGUCUACGUCACCCAGACAACCUGUUACUAGGGCAACCAACCAACAGCCUUCACCCUGGAAACAAGAUUGAACCCUCAGGCGGGGAAGAGGAGAGAGGAGAGAAGAGAGGAGGGGAGGAGAGAGACAGGUUCUCUGCUAGCCAUGACCCAGGCUGUCCUACCCACAACGUCAGACUGAGAGAAACAGACCAGAGCCCUGAACAUGGGACAGAAAAUGAUAGGGAGGAGGGGGAGGAGAGGAACAGGAGUACAGAGCACAGACAACAGGGCCAUGAGGUGAAUCAGACUCCUAUGUCUUCUUAUCUCCAUGUGGUUGCCAGAGACGGAUCCACCCGUCUGAGAUGGCCAGUAAAACUGCUGCAGUUUACCACAGCCAAACCCCACCUCUCCUACAGCUGCAAGCCCACACACUGGCAACCUCACACCAACCCACCACACUUUAACCCUGAACAAAACCACAGUCAAACCAAGUCACACUGUAACCACUCAGCAAGCACAGAGGAGUCCGACUCCCUCAUGUUCUCUAGCUCCCAGCCUCCUCCUCAGGACACAGAAAAUGUAGAAUCCAAUACAGAUCUAUAUACAGAGACAGGUGGAACAGAUGAGAGAGCCACACACUCAUCAUCCUGUCAUGUUGUAGAGAAGACAGAAGCACAUGGAGUGACAGCACCCUUCCAGGCAGAAGCAACAGUGCCAGAGAGUGGAGGUGAAUCUGGGUUCAGAUGGCACCACCCCCUCUUCGGGAACGGUGACCCCCUUUGCGGUGUUAACACUCACACAAACCCCCACAAUCCCCAGGGAGGCAGAUUAGAAGGACAUAUGAGACAGGAGAGAGAACGAGCCAUCAGAACCCCCAGGCCUAAAUUAGAGGCUGUCAUCCAGCCCUGUGCCGCCGUGUGUGUGUGUGCAAGCGAGGUUAGAUGUGUGUGUACGCACGCUGCCAGCUCGCGCACACACUCUGUGGGCGGUUCAGUAAGCACUCCAACAGAUGUGUCAUGCCGAAAUGUAAACGACAGCACAAAGAAGAAGAGGAGGAGAGGGGAAAGGCAUAAUCAUAAUGGGACUUCAAAGAAGUGCGAGGGAGAGCGGCAGCGUCUUAGGAGCGCCAUAACCUCUGUUUCCACCUGGUGGGGCGGAAAGAGGAGAUGUGACGGAGACAGAGGGGGAGAAGGAGACAGGGAAAUAGAGCAGGAGGGAGAGACGGGCGGAAAGAGGAGAAGAAAGGCAGGGGGGAAGAGGAGGAGGGGUGGGACUCUGUGCCUGGUGGGGGAGUGUGACUCUGAGUCUGUGCCCUGCUCUGACAGACAGAGGCUUCUCAGGAGUCACAGUAGAGACCAACAUCACUAUAACUAUAACUCUGCCUCCCUGUUCAACACAGCACAAAGAGUCAGAGAGAGGACAGAGUAUUACAGCACAGAGUCUCAGCUGUAUAGAGAGAUAGUCAGAGAGAGAUAUGGAGAGGUAGAGAGAGGAGAAAGGGAGGGAUGGCCUUUCUACUGGUGUUCAGACUCCUCUCUGUGUACUACUUCCGGGUCGCUCUGGGGAAAGGCUCACAACCUCCCAGUGGCAUAUGAUGGUCUCCAUGGUUGCCACGGGGACAACCCAGUCUACAGUCGUCAUGACAACAUCCCUGGUAGCAACAUUUCCUGUAGCCCAGUGAGGAAGAUUAAAUACAUCCACAGAAACAGGAAACACGUGAAUAGAAAGUGGUCAGAGAGUGAGGAGUGGGAGAGAACAGAGAAUGGGAGGAGGGAGAGGUGGGAUGGAGGGAGUAGAGGCUGGUGGGAAAGGGGGAGCAGGGAGAGGGGUGGUAGGGAGAGAGGGAACAGGGAUAGGGGGAGUAGGAGGCAUGGUUUGGUGAGCAAGGGAUCCAGUCCUGGAGGAGUCAGUGGAGGGGGCUGGCAUGGGUACCUCUCGACCCCCAGUCACAGGACUCUGGAGGGGGACAGGGGAUGGAGGUCUAGUCCUGGCGAGGGAGAGGUCUGGGACAGGGGACCAGGGAACUCAAGCCCAGACAGAUGUACCUGGGGCAGCAGUGACAGUUGGGAGGAUAGGAGGACAUACGAGGACAGAUACAGCUGGGAUGACAACUGGGAGAGACAGAGGUCCACUGAAGGUAGAAAAAGCUGGAGCAGGUGGGAGAAGGGAUCACAACCUAGCCCCAGCCCUGAUUGUUUUAGCUGGGACUGGGUAAGUAGAUGCCCUGACCUUAGACACAGCCCCAGUCCUCACUCCCAGUCUGUCCCCAGUGUGCAGGUUACCAGAUGCCCCAACACCAGCACCAGCCCCUGGCCUGAUUCUAGCCCUAACUGGCUGCCCCGGCGGCCCAGCCCUGGCUCCUGUAGCAGCAGCACCAGUGUGUCAGACCUGAGUGGGGAGUGGAGUAGCGUUAGUACCCGCUCAAGACUCAUCUUGACUGGGAGAAAAACAACAGGGGUGCCCAGGCGAGCACCAUCUCCCUCACCCACAAAGGAGAAACACCAAGCCCCCAGCCUCAAACCUACUCCUCCUAUACCUCUGCCCAGCACUGAUACCACCCAUCCACAGGACAGGAGACCCAACCCCACGGCACAGCCUACAUGUCUCUCAGACAGAGAGCCCAAAGCCCCCCCAAAGCCCAGAGAGGGGAACCCCAGCAGAACUCUGCUACUGCCACUUAUUGGGAAACUACCAGCGAUCAGGAGAGGAACUAAGAGACGAGGGGCAGAAAGAGAGAGGGAGGGCCCUGACCAAACAGAGAAACAGGACCACAAUCAAGACCAGGUCCAGACACAGGACAAGGACCACAAUCAAGACCAGGUCCAGACACAGGACAAGGACCACAACCAAGACCAGGUCCAGACACAGGACCACAACCAAGACCAGGUCCAGGCACAGGACAAGGACCACAACCAAGGGAAGGAGAGUAUGAAGAAUGGAGCGGUCCAAAGUGGUCGACCGUGCCCUCAACCCCUCUUGUCUCUGAGCCCUGAGAAAACUGGAGAGGACAUGUCCUGUCCUUCCCUGACAUCACAUCCUGCUGUGACCUCAUAUCCUGCCCUAACUUUACCUCACAGCGGUCAGUGGUCACAAGACCCCUCCCCUCCUCUGGCUCAACAGCCAAUCAGCUUCAGCGCUGAGGAGAUGGGCAAGUAUCGCUGUCUGCAGGAGCAGGCACGAGAGCACAUGCAGAGACUGCUACAGGGGACAGAGACACACACACCGGCACACACAUGCCAUACCCCCUCCCCAGAGCCAUACACACAACCCACACACACAUGUACACAUGUGGCACACACUCAAGAGAAAAACACACACUCCACUUCCCUAAAUACCUCUCUAAAGCUAGACGCACACCCCGUACAAACACAGCUCUUACAGACACACUCUACCCCCAGCCUCCCCCCUCCUCAUCCCCCUGUCCCCAUACCGCAGCCUCUAAUGACCCACCCUCCUCCACUCACCCUUCAUCCUUUCAUUCUACAACAUACAUCUUUUAGUAUGGCACUCUCGUCACCCUCCUCUACCUCUUCCUCUCUCGCCCCCCACACCUCACCACCUCAUCACCUGACCCUCCUACACGCCCCUCUCCCCCAUCCAUUCUCCAUAUCUUCUAUCUUUCCCUCCAUUCUUCUCUCCCAUCCUCCUCUACAUCUCCUCCCUCCCUCCCCUGCCUUCCACCCCUCUCCCCUCACCGCUCUCUCCCCCCUCACACUGCCACCACCGAGACCACCGUAUCCAGAAAGACUUUGGUCAUUGAGGUUUCAACAGAAAGCAUUAUGAUGCUCUCUGAGGACAUCACAUAGUAAUACAAUGCCAUGUUAGCAACUCCUGGACAAUAAUGCCCUAUACAGUAUAACAAUCCACUGUAUUUUCUUAAUUUGUGUGUGUAUGUGUGCAUGUGUUUUUGUAUGAGUGCAUGCGUGUGUGAGCAUGAGUGUGCAUUUCGUCGCUGUCUGAUGAAAACCUUUUAACUUUCAUGUUUAUACAUGUAUUGGAAGCAUUAACUCUCCUCAAUGUACUCAAAAUAGCUUCUGAAGUUUCAUAAUUGUAUAUUUGUUAAUAAAAAAUAACAUUUAAAUCCUGAAAAGUUGGAGAUUAGGUUUUCCUUCGACAGUGACUGUGUGCACGAGAGAGAAGCUCCUUUUGAUCCCCAUUUAAGUAUGAAUCAAGGGAAACCGUGCACCUGCUAAGACAAGCUGGCUUCCUCUCAUCUCUUUCUUCCUCUCUGAACGUCAGGCACACUGGCUGUCUUUAGAAGUACCGUCAUACUGGCUGUCUUUAGAAGUACCGUCAUACUGGCUGUCUUUAGAAGUACCGUCAUACUGGCUGUCUUUUGAAGUACCGUCAUACUGGCUGUAUUCAGAAGUACCGUCAUACUGGCUGUCUUCAGAAGUACCGUCAUACUGGCUGUCUUCAGAAGUACCGUCAUACUGGCUGUCUUCAGAAGUACCGUCAUACUGGCUGUCUUUUGAAGUACCGUCAUACUGGCUGUCUUUUGAAGUACCGUCAUACUGGCUGUCUUUUGAAGUACCGUCAUACUGGCUGUCUUUAGAAGUACCGUCAUACUAGCUGUCUUUAGAAGUACCGUAACACCUGAGAGAGAGAGCGACAGACAGAUGCCCAGGCCGUGAGCAGAGCACUAGGCCCAAUCCCCACUCCUACACCCGCCCAAGCCCCAUUCAGCCCCAAGCACAACACUGGACACUAUGAAACACAAAGCUUUUACUAUAUCAUGCUGGAAAUUCCAAGGUCUGAGGUCAUCUGCCUUUGGCCUAAAGAGCAGGAACCCAGACUUCA